UCAUGGUCCAUAGUUGUUACCCUCCAGAUGAUGUAUGGUGAAGUAUCACUGUUUUAAGUUGACCUUAUCCAUUUAUAUAAAUUAAGCUACCUUUCUCUGUUACAUGUCUUUCAUUACAGUUCCCCUAAUUAUUUCGUUUCAAAUUUAUCUUAUUAUAGUUACAGCAAUCCUUUCUCAUCUUCAUUAUGGCAAUUCUCGUCACCGGCGGUACAGGCAAAACAUCUCUUCAAUUGGCCCACCGUCUUCAGUCCGCCUCCAUCCCUUUCCUUCUCGCUUCUCGAAAAGCAAAAUUGACUGCUCCUGAUGGAAUGCAAGCCAUCAACUUUGAUUAUACAGAUCCAUCAACUUAUCAGGCUAUCUUUACUCAUCCCUUUCCACACGAUGAAGUCAUCAAAGCCGUGUAUCUAGUGGCUCCAGAAGUUCCAGACCCAGUGCCUGUCAUGAAUGCCUUUAUUGACGUCGCAAUUAAGAAUGGUGUUAAUAGAUUUGUCUUAUUAAGUGGUAGCGAUACGGAGAAAGAAGGAGAUUAUACUGGAGGUGUUUGGCAGCACUUGGAUGAUAUUGGCGUGGAAUACUCAGUUUUGAAGGCCAGUUGGUUCAUGGACAAUUUCAUCAUCUGCCCAUAUGUUCAGAGUAUUAAAGAAGAAAAUAAAUUCGUUUCCGCAAUGAGCGAUGGCCAAGCUCCAUUGGUAUCAGUGAGUGACAUUGCCAGAGUAGCAAUGGUUGCACUCACCAGCAAGAAACCCCCAGAUCACGACUACAGAGUUCUUGGCCCUGAAUUGCUCAAUUAUGAUGAAAUUGCUGCAAAGUUGAGCAAAAUUCUAGGACGAACAAUUACCCACGUCAAAGUAACAAGUGAAGAGAGAAUACAAAUCUAUGUUAGUAUGGGGUUGCCUGAAGGUCUUGCAUGUUAUUUGACUUCAUUGGAAGUUAUGACUGCAAAUGGUGGGGAAGUGAGACGAAAUGAUGUGGUAGAAAAGAUUGGAGGCCACAAACCUAAAAACUUUGACGAGUUUGCAGAGGAGAAUAAGAAUCUCUGGAUGUAGGCCAAUCUUCCAUUGUCUAGUUGAAACAAGAGGGGUUUUAUUUAAUUGAAACACUAUGUAAUAAUGCUUUGAAUUUGACUUCACCUUUACACAUAACCUGUAGUG